AAAAUAUUUACCGAAAAUUUAUUUUGCUUCGGUUGAGGUUAUCAACGUGACGCUCACGAUUUGAGAAGAUUGAAGGAUUAUUUUUGUUAUUUUUCAUUCAUUUAUUUAGUAUUGGGGACUUGUCUUUUUGAGUUGAAAUGGAUGACGAAGCGGAGACGUACAAGCUGUGGAGAAUUAGGAAGACUGUUAUGCAGUUGUGUCAUGAUAGAGGUUAUUUAGUGACACAGGAUGAAUUGGAUCAAACAUUGGAGCAGUUCAAACAACAAUUUGGAGAUAAACCGAGUGAAAAAAGGCCAGCGAGAAGUGACUUGAUUGUUCUGGUUGCUCACAAUGACGAUCCCACGGAUCAACUGUUCGUUUUCUUCCCUGACGAGCCAAAAAUUGGAAUAAAAACUAUCAAGACAUAUUGUCAACGUAUGCAGGAAGAGAAAAUUCACAGAGCCAUUAUUGUUGUUCAACAAGGUAUGACACCCUCAGCUAAACAAUCGCUAGUCGACAUGGCACCGAAAUAUAUCCUGGAGCAAUUUUUGGAGUCUGAGCUAUUGAUCAACAUCACAGAACAUGAAUUAGUUCCAGAGCACAUUGUCCUGACACCUGACGAGAAAGAUGAAUUGUUGAUGCGAUACAAGUUAAAAGAGAAUCAACUCAUGAGGAUUCAAGCUGGUGAUCCUGUCGCUAGGUAUUUUGGUUUGAAACGUGGACAGGUCGUGAAAAUCAUCCGACCCUCGGAGACUGCAGGAAGAUAUAUCUCUUAUAGACUUGUUUGCUAACUGCUGCACUCAUCCCUUGCUUAUAAAUAAUUAUACAUUGAGACAGAUAUUAAUCUUUCAACACCGAAUCUGCUAUCUUCUGGACAAAUGUACAAAUAAAAUAUACUUUGUUUAAGACA